AGGUAAUCUAGCGAGUCAUAGGAGAUUACACACAAAGAAAACAUACAGCUGUGAGAUUUGCAAUAAGGUCUUCUAUGUGAAAAAGUAUGUAGUAAGGCAUAUGAGAGUGCAUACGAAAGAGAAACCAUAUAGCUGUGAGAUUUGCAAUAAAAACUUUCCAGAAAAAUAUAAUCUAGUAAUCCACAUGAGAGUAACACAAAAGAGAAACCAUAUCUGUGACAUUUGCAAUAAAGUUUUCUCAGAUAAAUCUACACAAAUAAAGCAUAUGAGAGUACAUAUGAAUGAGAAGCCAUACAGUUGUGAAUUUUGCAAUAAGAACUUUGCUUUGAAAAGAGAUUUAGUAAAGCACAUGAGAGUAUAUACAAAGGAUAAGCCAUUAAGCCAGACCAUCUUAGAUAAUAAAAGUUAUCUUUCUCUGAUCUGUGUUGUAUAUGUUAUUCUUCAUAUGGAAACCAAAAAGUUUUCAGGUCACAAGGGCAAAAACACGAGGUUUUCACGGGAGCGGGCACCCAACCCGCCCUCUGGGCUUGUUCCUCCGCUCCUCCGCUCCCACCCAGCUGCGUCAUUUUAUGCCCAGACCGGGCUCAGGGUCACCUUGACAUCUGUUUGCAUCGCCCCCCCCGCCCAAAAUCCCAAACCCUCAUCUCGGUCAGCGUCUGCCAUGUCCCCCCCACGCCGCUACGGGGGCCUAACUUCAUCUUUUUUUCACCAUGGCCCCAGGAUUAUUUUCCUGGCCCGGGGGCCCGUCAUGGUCUCCUUCAGGGCAUGGCCGCAAAUUUUGAGCUUGCCACGCAUUUCGCCCGGUGAAACCUCCGCCGGUUUUCUCCUGCAGUCCACUGCAUAG